CUAUUGGUAAUAGACAUUAUGCACGUCAUGGUCAUCGUUCUCUCAGGUUUGGAAUGCGUUAUUAUGUGAAGUCCAAUCAUGAAGUAUGGCUCGAUGGCAAUGAUUGUGAUUACAUGGAUUGUGAUUCAUCGGGCGGGGAUUGCGGAAGUGAAACUCCUGAAUCAUCUGGUGGGAAUUGUGACGCCUCUUAUAAUGAUUUGGUAAGCGAUGAUGAUCGCUGUUUUAAUGCUGAAUGUGAUGAACAUGGUGGAUCUGACAGUGAUGAAAGUCUAAGCGAUGAAGGGGUUGACGAUGAUUCCGCUGCAGAUAAUGCCACUACGGAAGGGUUUCUUAGUGGAGGUGAUGUUUCUGCCUCUGAGACACCUUCUAUUGCUGUUUCACGCUCGGACUGGUAUUAUAUUAGUUGUAACCGAUGUGAUAAGAAAGUUGAGCCAUGUGAGGACGUUUCCGGUUAUGAUGGACAUCCCCUUUUCGAUUGCUUAGAAUGUAAGAAAGAUGUUUCGGACGUUGCUGCACGAUACCGUAUUAUCGUACACGUCUCGGAUUUGAAUGGAGAUAAGGCUCGGUUCAUGCUCUUUGAUAGCGUCGCUGAAAUUGUUCUUGGGAUAUCAGCACCUGAU